AUGGCUGCUCAGCCAUCCACGUCUACGCCCACCGCGGCAGGCGCGACAGCCUCAUCAUCGGCAUCCACGUCUGCCAACAACCAUGAUGGCACGCCGCAGUCCGCCAGCGCAAAAGCGCUCCCUGUCCGGGAUAAGGACUCGUUCAAUAAGUUGCAGGUCGAGCGCUAUGUCACGCGCGAUUGGCAGCAAUCGAUCGCGAUGAAGGAGGCGCAUGCAAAGUUCGAGAAGGAUAUGGAGCAAAUGAGGGACAAGAUUGAUGACUACAGUGUCGUCAAGAAUCAGCGCAUAUUCUUCCCGCCGAGCAAGCUGUACGGCGAAGGCUAUCGCGGCUUUGGGAACGGCUACACCGACAUCGAUCCACGCAUGAGAGCACCCUUCCCUGCUCAAGUCAUCUAUCCUAGCCAAAAACCGCGGCCGGGGAAGCGCCAGUCGCAUCCGCUGAGGUGGAAAAAAAGGGACUUGAAGAAGCAGGCUGAACAGCACGAGGAGCUCGUGCCGAUACGGAUAGAUGUGGACUGGGAGAAGAUUAAACUCCGUGAUACCUUCACAUGGAACCUUCACGACAGGGUUAUUCCAGCCGAACUAUUCGCGCAGCAUCUUGUCGAGGACUUGGGCAUCCCACUGGACGCAGCGCACAAACCCGUUCUGGAUCAGGUCAUUUUGCAAAUGCGCGACCAGCUCAACGACUUUUAUCCACUUGUUUUCUCCGAAGAGGACGCACUCGACCCCGAGCUGCCCUACUCUGCGUACAAGAACGACGAAAUGAGGAUACUGAUCAAGCUGAACAUCACCGUCGGUCUGCACACUUUGGUCGAUCAAUUUGAGUGGGACAUUAACAAUCCUCUGAACUCACCAGAGGAUUUUGCCGCCACCAUGGCCCGUGACCUGUCUCUUUCUGGCGAGUUUACCACCGCCAUCGCACACAGCAUUCGAGAGCAAUGCCAGUUGUUCACACGCAGCCUGUAUAGCGUCGGCCACCCCUUUGACGGCCGCCCGGUUGAGGAUCCCGACCUUAUCGCCGCCUUUCUACCUUCCCCUCUCAGCUCUGUCUUCCGACCCCAGCAGCAAGCGAAGGAUUAUGCGCCGUAUCUGUAUGAGCUCAGUGAUGCUGAUUUGGAUCGGAACGAGGUUAUUUUCUCCCGUGAGCAAAGGAGGCAAAAGCGCUCCAUCAAUCGCCGCGGUGGUCCUCAACUGCCCGAUCUCAGAGAAAGACAACGGACCAUCAGAACCCUUCUGGUAUCUUCGGUGCUCCCCGGAGCUGCUCCAAACAUUGAGGAGACCACCCUGUACAAGCGCGUUGCUGGCGCCCCCAGCACCCGCAAGAGGCCGGGAGCCCGCGAUGGCGAGAUCUCCGACUCUGACUCCAGUGACGACUCCGGACCAGACUCACCCGGCGUGUCCCAGCUCGGCGGCACGGCCAGAACGAGAGGCCUUCGUGGCGCAGCUACUGCUGCUCAACAACGUAUUACGAACCUGGGCCGUUCCGAAACCCCUGAAGCAAGCGUUAUCCACCACCAUGAGACGCGGCGGAAUGUUGGUCGCUUUGGCGGCCGUGAGACUCGCGACGAGACUGAGGAACCGUCUCAGUUGAUUGUGACACUCAAGGUCAACAAGGACAAGUUGCGGAGACUUCUCCAGAACCCCAGGGCCAGAGUUACGCCGAGCGGUUCACAGACUCCUUCGACACCCGCGCAUACCCGUAUCCCCAGUGCCGCGGCUGCAGCGAACGCAAUGCCUCCUCCCACCACCCCAGCAUCUAAUAGCCAAGCGCUUCCCACAAAGCUUGGUACUCCUCUUCCUCAAGGCCAGAUCGGUCGUCAACCUGCGCCGCCACCUGUUGCUGGCCAACCGCCACCACCUCCUCCUCCUCCGCCUGAGUGGCUCAAGAACUGCCUUCAGCAGCUCAAAAACACGUAUACAUACGACAAUUUUGAAGGCAUGAUGAAGUACUCAGCUGUCAAUCCAGACACAGAAAUGCCGGUGCCUGUCCCGGCCGGCUCUCAACCACCAGAGGGCGUCAGGUGGAUGUUCCUUCCCCGAAUCCGCUGUCUCGAUUGCCCAGGCAAGCUUUACACGCCUGGUCCCGAGAUGACAGCCGGUAAUUUUGAAGUCCAUCUGAAGAACAAGCAACACCGUCAGAAGGUGGACGCCAGAGAAGGCAAAGACACCGCGCCUCCAGUCUCCGCAACUACAUCUUAA